CCUCGCUGUCUCUCACUGGCGUUUUUCCCAACGCACGACAGACGCGCAAGUUUGGUUGUGAAACCUUAGCCGAGCUUUACACGCAGGCGUUGCAGCCAUGCCGGCAAUGUUGCGAUCACGGUCAAGAAGGGACAUGACGCCUCAUCUGCGGACAGCGCUGGCUUUGCUCCUGCUUGCGUCCGUGGCUCACACUAGCCACAGCUUCUUCUUCUCCCCAAGCGCACAUCCGCCCAGCGCACCACCCGCUUUCUCUUGUCGAUCGCGUCUCGGUGGGCCGGGGCUGGAGAGACGAAGAGCCGGUGGUGCUGCAUUUUUGCCGUUCAUGGCAGCUGGGGAAGGCAUGGGUGGCGGGCUGAGCGGCGUGAAGGGGGCAGGGCGCGGGGGCGGCGGCAAGGGGAAGGGCAAGGGCAAGAAGAAGAAGAAGAAGGGCUCCAAGCAGGGGACUCUGAUCGCAGGGCCGCCGCGGCUGGAAACGGUGCCGGAGGAUAAGCUAGAUCAGGCGUAUGUGUUUCGGCAAGAGCGACCGGGACAGACGCCGCGCGUGAUCGAGUGCUACGCGGAUAGAUUUGCGGUAGUGGGCGGGCGGCGGUAUAUGAUCGGGCACCCGUGCGACUGGGCGGUGUCGGUGUGCACCCCCAAGGACGAGGGUAACGUGGAAGCGGUGCCCCUAGACUCGGAGCUGAUGGAGGAGCUGCUGCCGGGUUUGCAGAGGGAGCUCGAAGCGGAAGAUGUCCACUUGUUCGUGACCCCGAUUACGCUCACCCUCCAGGGCGAUUUCCUGGAUGAUGAUGAAGAGGAGGAGGAGGACGAGGAGGAAGAGGAGGACGAGGAGGACGAGGAGGAGAUGGAGUACAGUAGCAAUAAGGGCACCGCUUUUAUCGGGGACGAGGAGAUCGAGUACGAGGUUUUGGAAGAAGGGGACGGUUCUUACCCUACCGAGGAGGAAGAGGAGGAGGAGGACGUCAGGGUCCCCACGGACAUAACCGCCGAGGGGGUAGAGCUAAUCGCCUCCUACUGGUACGAAGAUAAGGAGUACGCCCUGGUGAAACACCUGGACCCGGUUUUCGUGAUCGCCAGACAGACCAAGAACGGAUAUUAUCUCCUGGGGGAGGAAGAGGCGGCAGCGGUUAAGCCGAAGGUGGAAGCGAUGCUCCUGGAGGAGAUCCACCUUAACGAGGCCCUCGAGGAGACGCUCGGCAAGGAGCAGCUGGAGAAAGAGCUCGACGCGGCUCUGGAGGCACAGGGGGGUGAGAACGCGGACCUGUCCAAGGCGUUCCCGGUGCCGGAGGAGGAACUGAAGGAGUCGGAGAUUCAGGACGCUGAAAUGGCAUGACCCCAACGGGUGCGUUGCGAUAUCGAUCAAAGAAGCUUGCUUUGAAUAGUAUUAUAGCGCACCAAGCUACUUGCUUUAUGUCGCGGACAGAUGGGCUUAUGAGAUAGGUUCGUCAGGGCUUUUAGGGUUUGACAACGUGCCGAUGUCACUUUUGUCCGUCCUAUUGUGGGAGGUAACCGUCCUUCUCCUUGUUGUCCACGUCAGGGGGGCGCCGUGUAGUGGAAAACUCACUGAUUGGCUGCGCCGGCGUUUCACCGGCGUUGAUUGGUCCUACUUCGGCGACGGUGGACGAUGUUGCUGUUUUGGGCUUGCGAGGUUUGGAGUGUGGCGAUAGACAGAUACAUACACAGAGAGAGAGAGAGAGCCGCACACACAAAUGGAAAGCGGAUACCUGAAGGCAUCGAGUAUUGGCUGCACGCGUUGCGCCCUUUUUUUAGACUCGAGUACCGUUGUGAACACGGUAGCCUGUGCGGGUGAGGGUUGUUGUACGUUGGAGGUUUAACUAACCCUGCCGGGAUGAGUUGUGGAAAACCCGCCUUCUCCUCUUUCUUCUGUGUGGUCUAGCCGGUUUGCCGCUCUGACGGCAUACCGUACCGUGAUGCUGCUUCCGCGAAGUCGUCACGGAAUGAUGAUCGUGCUCGCCAUCAUUCCGGUUACGCGUAGAAAGGCGAGGGUCUUUUUUGUUUUCGCCGACGAGCGUCGCUUAGACGAAGGCCGUACCACGCUGGGCGUGAAGGCCCAUGCACCUCACGUACCGUGUCCAAUCCCAAUCUCUUUGAGCUUGCUUUGUUGUUCUCGCUUCAUCUAUCGAAAGCUGGUGGGUCUUGUUGAUCGCACAGAUGCUCCCCGUUAGGUUGUUGGUACAAAGGCUGCGGUAUGCAAGGGAGAAGGUUGCAUACAAAUACGUACCACCCAUCGAGAGUGAUCGCGUUCGGUGUUUUGGAGCGCUGGCUAAUGUUUGCAUUGCGCCGAGGUGUGGCAAUUUGUAUGUAGGCGUGCGUGAGAGCGUACGGAUGUUUUUUGCCGAGCGAAGGAGGUGUAGGUCGUUCGUUUGGGACAAAAUGAGCUGUGCACGUGCCUAUAUAUAAUAUGUGGUAGGGCAGAUUAUUUGUGUACCUGAUUGAUUAGUCUGGGCGUGGUGCGACGUUGACGCCUGAGCAGGCUUUUCUGGAAGCAUCCUUCAAACACCGACUCACGAAGAGAGCUCGAGGAGGUGUGUUGAUGUCCUUGCAGUGAGCGAAGCGUGGUAACAACUUUCCAGUUUUCCCGAAGUUCUCAUCAUGGGUGUCACGACAAAGAAUUACAGAACACAAAACGUG